ACACACCGCACAGUCCAUCGCAAUCGGCAGAGAGUAUCGGACGCAUUUUCUGCAUUUUAGUGGGUUUCGUCAUAUUUUGCUGCUUUUUUUAUUCGGAAGUGAGUGUUCAGUUCAACAGUUUUGAUUUCUUUUCGUGCCAAACAGCGAAGCCGGCUAGCUGAAAAAGUGAGGAUUAAUAACGUUGCCGGUUCCGGAUUCAAAUCGGUGGAUUAUUGGAACGUUUCUUCCCGCAGCAAGUGUCAACUUCGAGAUAUAUACAUUUACAACAAUACGAAAGCAAGUGCCUAAUAAAAAAUAAAACAAUCCGGAUAAUUUCUAUUUAAAAAGGGGUGACAGUGAGUUCCGAAACAGAACAUCUCGAAUGGAAUUUCCCCGAAAAUAACAUCACUACUGUUUUGCAUAGGAUUCCAAACAGCAACCCCUGGACCCCGAGAGCAAUCUAUGACCACUACUGCUACCCUCACCUGUGGUUCGUGGUCUGAUGCUGAUGUUUCCAUGUCCAGAAGAACAUCACUUCGAUCCAUUAGCUACGAUUCACCAUCAUCAUUAUCAUCUAGCGCUCGAUUGUUGGCCCGAUAGGCUCGUCGGCCAAAUCCCCCAACAGCCAGUCAGCAAGAAGAGUCUCAGCUCAUAAUUGAGAACCCGAAGACUGCUGCUUAACACCCCUUCCGGAGUCCGGAGUGCCUGUGGAGUGUUGUGCCGGGAUGGUGAAAUACUGACGGGAACGGGGCGUACGAAAAAGACAGAACGAACCGGAGAAAAGUAGAUCUUGAAUCACUCAUCUCCGGGAAUCACAAACUGACCGCAGAAAGUGUAAUAACAGAGUGGUGUUGGUAGUGUUUUUACCUAUGUUUAGGUGUGCAUUUUUUGAAUAAGAGAAAGAGCGAAAAGUGGAAGGAAACCUACGGUCUUUUCGAAAGACUUGAACCUGAAGAUUAGAAAGAGCAGCAACAGAAACAGCAUCAGCAAUGUUGAAAUUUAUACGUGGAAAAGGCCAACAACCUUCGGCCGAGCGACAGAAGCUACAGAAGGAAUUAUUUGCAUUCCGGAGGACUGCCCAGCAUGGCUUCCCGAACAAACCGUCGGCACUGGCGUACGACCCGAUAAGCAAGUUGAUGGCCAUCGGAACCAACAGUGGCAUCGUGAAAGUUUUUGGUAAACCCGGUGUCGAAUUCUACGGUCAGCACCCAGCCACUACCAAUGCAUCGGAUUCGGUUGUCCAACUGCUCGAAUGGAUUCCCGGAAGCGGACGGUUGCUCUCGUUAACCGCAUCUAACCAGUUGGUUCUGUGGGAACCGACCGGAACGGUGCUGGUACCUAUCAAAACGCUUCCGUUCGAUGGUAAGCUCAAGAAGAUUUCCUCCUUAUGCUGUUCAUACAUGAAGGACACAGUUUGGAUCGGAACGGAAGGCGGAAAUGUCUAUCAGUUUGAUAUCAAGAGUUUCUCCGUACGAGAACCGGUCAUCUACCACGAUGUGGUUCUGGAGCAAUUGCCACAGUCGUACAAAUUGAAUCCGGGAGCGAUCGAGUCAGUGAAGCAACUGCCCACUAAUAACAAUCAUCUGUUGAUCGCUUACAAUCGAGGCUUGACUGUACUGUGGGAUCUGGAGGCCUGUAAUGUUAAGCAGUCGUUCAUUUCGCCGGGACAUGGCCAAAGUGUUGGAUUGUUUAUAUCCCCCUGCGGAACACAGUUCACAUGGUAUCACGCGGACGGUUCGUUUGCCACGUGGGAUUUGGACAGUGUUAUUCCUCCGGAAAAUCAAAAAUACGUUCCAUACGGUCCGGAUCCGUGCAAGGCUAUAGAUCGUCUGAUGCGUGGCAAGAGAGGUUUAUGCGAAUUGGUGGUGUUCUCCGGCGGUAUGCCAAGAUCUGCCUACGGAGAACAUCAAUGUGUUUCCGUGCAUUGCCGUGAUGGGACUAAGCUCGCCUUCGAUUUCACUUCCAAAGUGAUCGAUUUCUUUGUAACGUUCAACGAUGAUCAUCCAGAACAGGCAGAAGUUUUGGUGGUCCUACUGGAGGAGGAGUUAGUCGCUUACGACUUGACCGACGAAACUAUUCCGCAAAUAAAUGCCCCAUAUCUUCAUUCGUUGCAUGCCUCUGCCGUCACUUGUAACCAUUUGGUCUCUCAAGUAUCUUCCGAAGUGUAUGAGAAAAUUUUGCGAGCAGGAGAAAACCAGUUAGCCGAUUACAGCGCCAAACCUUGGCCUAUCACUGGAGGAUCGAUCCCUGAAAGCAGCGAAGAAGAUCGUACUGAAUACGACAUAUUGAUAACCGGUCACGAGGAUGGUUCUGUCAAGUUUUGGAACUGUUCCGAAGUGUGCUUAACGCCGUUGUUGCACGUAAAAACUGCUCCCCUUUUCAGUAACAGUGAUGACUUUGACAAUCAUUUGAACACAUCGACUGAGCAGCUAGAUGAUGGAGAGCCUCCUUUUCGAAAGGCCGGUCAGUUCGAUCCAUAUUCCGAUGAUCCUAGAUUGGCUGUGAAGAAGGUUCAGCUAUGUCCAAAAACCGGUAUACUGGUAAUUGCUGGAACUGCCGGUAAUGUUGUGAUUGCCAACUUUGACGCUACUCCCGAGGAACCGGAACCAUUGAAGGUUACAACGAUGAAUUUGGUUUGCGAUCGAGAUGGAUUUGUUUGGAAGGGACACGACCAGCUGAAGGUCAAAAGACAACUGUUAGAAGAGAAUCAACCGGUACUUGAAGGGGUAAACUUUUCCAGUGUCCUACAAGUGCUGCCACCGGCCGCCGUAACAUGCAUCGCCGUUCAAAGCCAGUGGAGUUUGGUUGCCGCCGGAACCGCACACGGAUUAGUUCUGUUCGAUUACCAUAGUCAGAAUCCGGUGCUGCACAAAUGUACUCUGAAUCCGAAUGAUUUAACGGGUGCCGGAGAAACCCUCUCCCGACGUAAAUCCUUUAAAAAGACUCUUCGCGAGUCGUUCCGUCGGCUACGCAAGGGUCGUUCCACACGGAACAAUCCCGGUGCUCAGGCUACAAAUCCAGCGGAAACGCGUCCCAUCGAGCGACAGAUUGAAGCUCGCCCAGUUGACGAUGGAAUGGGUUCGAUGGUCCGAUGUUUGACCUUUGCCCAAACAUUCGUUACCAACCAGCAGCACACGAUUCCGACUCUGUGGGCCGGAACAAACUCCAGUUGUGUAUCGGUCUUUGUACUGCAUGUCCCUCUACGCCAACCGCCUGUCCAAAGCAACGAAGCAAAUGUCGAUGGAGAGGCUCCACCGCCGAAACCUAUCACCGGUCAGUUGGCAAAGGAAAUUCAAUUGAAGCAUCGUGCUCCCGUUAUUGGAAUCGCUAUUUUCGAUCAUCAUGGAGUACCUCUUGAAUUCCAAUCGUCACCGGGACCAGGACCUCACAGAGUACUAAUUGCAUCGGAAGAGCAAUUUAAGGUUUUCUCCCUGCCACAACUGAAACCAGUCAACAAGUACAAAUUGACGGCUCAUGAAGGAGCUAGAGUUCGCCGUAUCGCCUUUGCAACGUUUUCCUGUACUGUCCCCGUACAUCAACUACAGCACAGUCCCUCGAAAUCUGGUUCCAGACCAGCGAUCGAAGCAACACCCACGUCGACAUCGCCAUCGGCUGAAGCACUGAACACAAACAGUGCCACGGAAGCUGUUGCGCCGGAAGUAAUAACCCAUUCCGAAAUCAGUUUACUUUGCUUGACAAACCUUGGUGACUGCCUGGUGCUGUCGAUUCCCGAGCUGAAACGUCAACUCAAUGCAGCAGCCGUACGACGAGAGGAUAUCAAUGGAAUUUCUUCUCUCUGCUUCACCGAUCAUGGUGAAGCAUUGUACAUGAUGUCCUCGUCCGAGGUGCAACGAAUCACACUUUCCACUUCUAAAAUUGUAUCCCCAACCGGAUUCAUCGAGCUUGAAGAUUGGUCUCACGAGGAGGAAGACGCCGAUGUAGCGGAUCCACCCAUCGGUGAUGCGGAACAACCACCGGUGGGCCAAAGCUCUCCGAAGGCAACCACCGAAACAGACGAAAAAGCGCCAGACCUUACGGCGCCACUAUCGGUAGCUGUUACGGCCAUCAACGGAACUGGUGGUGCUGGUGAUGCACUCACCAAUGGAGUUGGAAGUGGAGAUGAUGCUUCACCGAAUAAAGCGAACGAAACAAUUACCAGUUCGAUCGGAGAUAUCACCAUCGAUUCAGUACGAGAUCAUUUGAAUUCAACGACGACGACACUUUGUUCGACCACCACCGAGGAGAUUGUUGGUCGCCUGUCGGUUCUGAGCACCCAUUCCAACAACGUAGCUUCGACGGCCAAAACGGCGGAAAUCACCGCUCUUAAUUCGUCCAACAUCAAGGACCUGAAGCACGUCGGUGACUCGACGGAAACGGCAGCCAAUUCGGUUAUCAUCAAAUCGGUCAUCACGACGGUCAAGCACGGUAUCGGCCACGUCAAUGGUGAGCACAAUUCGACGACGGAGAGCAGCAAAGCAGCGAUCACAUCCGGCGGCACUGUUCCGCUGCUGCGGAAGGAGAGUAAAUUUUAACGAGUGGAGACGAGUAUCGACGACAAAACCAUACGAACCAGGAUUGUUGUCGUUGUUCAAGUUUGAGUUAGUUUAUUAAUUUUAUUUUUAAAUCUGUAGACGCGUUCCAGAGCGGUAAGUAAUUUUUAUUUGACUAUUUGUCUUCGUACUUUAGCUGACAAACGUUCCAGAACAAUGUGUCCGUUGAGGAAAUGCUGAAUUUAAACGCCUGGACAAAAUUUUAUUUCAUUUUUUCGAAAUAUCAAGAGCAUUUAGCACAUAAUGCAGGGCAUCUAGACUUCCCGUUCUAUUGAAAAAAAAAAUCGAUUAUUAAAUAACGAAAUGGUUUUUAGCAUUUAAAUUGUGAAAUGCAAUUAAUGGAUUAAUAGACUUUAGACGCCAAAUAUUCAGGUCGACCAACAGAUGCCUUUCAUAGAUACGUAUUAUUGACGCAACUGUUUUGAAGUUCAUUAAUAUCCGCACCUCUAAGGUCGUGAACCCACUUUACAAACAACGACGGUAUUCAAACAUAUAGUAAAACUGGACAUUUUGUUAUAUUAAGAAACCUGCAAGAUUUCGGGAAAUGUUCAAUCCCCUCGCAUCAAAAAUCAAUGUUUUUGAAUGGCCCUCGAAAAAUUCAUGCAACUCCAACGCUGUUGGGUGCUACUGUUGAUGUUUGUUUUUGAAGACCAGUCACGAGUAUUAGUAGGUCAAUCGCAUGAGACGAAACAAUCAAAUAAAGAGCUGUAUUUUAAACGAUUGACCUUUAUUGUCGUUGCUUUAAUUUAUACAAAAUCCACCCAUGCGGAGCAAAAACACAGGAGAAUCAUACACAAUCGGUAUUUAUAUAUUACAUAACCUAGUUGUAAUCGUAUUUUGGAUGCAAUUUACAGAGUACUAAGAUAAUAUUAAAGAAGAGCAUAAAUAAAUGUCUAUUAAGUUUUAGUGGCGUAA